GGCAGGGGCUGCUGCCAGUGCCAGACAAAAUCUCAAAACGUCAAACGUUUCAACCUGAAUUUCUGACUCGUUUUGGGUUCAGGUUUCCUCGCAUGUCCCUCAGAAAAAGCAGUUUGCUCUGCUCUCGGCUGUGCUUUCUGUCUGCUGCAACAGCAACCCUUUCGAGUCUGUUUCCAUUCGUUGCGGCAUCUGUGUGUCCAGCUUCCACAAGCUCAACAAGCAGCAGAAUGGAGUACGAGCCAGGCACCCACAGUGUAGCCUAUGUCACGGCGCCAAACGACGAAACAGCGAAGAAGAUUGCUCGCGGGCUCGUGGAAAAUAAAUUGGCUGCCUGCGUUAACAUCAUACCCCAGAUAACCUCUAUCUAUGAAUGGAAGGACAAAAUUGAGGAAGACAGUGAAGUUUUGAUGAUGAUCAAAACACGAACAAGCAUUAUUGAGGAGUUGACAAAAUAUGUUCGUGAGAAUCACCCCUAUGAAGUUUGCGAAGUUAUCACUUUGCCUAUCCAAAGUGGAAACCCCCCUUACUUGAAGUGGCUUGGAGAAGCAGUGAAGGAGAAGAACUGAUUUUGUAAACAAACAAUGAUUAUUCUACUUUAAUGUUAAAUGUUAUAUUUUGCUUUUCCCAACAGAAAAUAAAUAGAAAAUCAGAUCCGAAUAUUAUGAAACAGUAAAUAAAGUUUUACAUUCGCACUUGGAA